GUGCUGCACCUUAGUCCCGCUCCUAUACCCUUGUUAAGGUUUAUGUCAAACAGCAAGCCCGCCAAGAACGGCCAGAGGAAUGAUACCACGUCGACCAAAACAACAUCAAAUGCAGUCGAGCUCCCUUCUGGCAAGCGGAUUGUCACUGGCACUUCUGACGUCGUAGCGAAGCGGGACAACGGUGGGCAACCUUCGGCUUCAAGCCAUGGCGCGGCGAGUGGACGCGGGCGCGGACCCCAGGCUGCUAGCGGCGUAGCGCCAGCCAACCCCAAUCAGAAUGGCAACAGCGGCCGUGUUGACGGCCAUGUCGAUGGCGGUGCCAGGCACCGCGCUGCUGCUGCUGGGCCCCAGCCCAGUGGCACCGGCCCCAACCACGCUGCCAGCAGGCCCGCCAGCGGCAAGCCCGGCCCCGCAGUCGCUCCGGGUGCAAACUUCAACGGAGGCGUGCUUGGUCCACGUGUCGCAGCAGGCGCACCUGCAGCUACUGCAGGUGGCGUGCGCGGCCGUGACGCAGGCGCUCCUGCUGGCGCCCAUUCCGGCCCCGCGGCUGGUGACGGCGCCAACCACGACGGAGCCGGGAAAGCCCGCGAGCCACGCCGCCGGGGCGGGCGCGGUGGCGGCCGGGGAGGCGAGCCUAACGGAGCCGCUCCAAGUGGCGGAGCCGGAGCAGGCGGAGACGGCGGUGACAUGGUUGUCGCGAACGGCGCUGCCGACCGGCUGCCAAGGCCGGCCAAGCAGCGCAGUGACAAGCGCCCGCCACGUGGCGACGGAGUGGCGGCAGGAGCCGACGGUGGGGUCGGAGCCGGAGGACACGGCCCUAUCGGUGACACGGGCGACCUGGGGGACGCGGACAAGAAGGGCGGGCGGGCUCGCGGUCGCCGCGGUCGCGGAGGGGGCCUGGGUGGCGGCGCGGACAUCCCUCCUGCCGACCAUCUGCAGCCUGGCGGCGAGCAGGAGCAGAAGCCCAAGCCGCCGCGCGGGGAGCAGAAGCCCAGGCUGGAUGCAGGAGCUGGCCCCGUGGGGGGCAAGGACGCAUGGCCGCCGCGCCCUCAGCAGCAGCAACAGGGCGGCGAGCAGCGGGACAUUGACGGACAGCAGGGCGGUAAGGGCGCCCCGCGCAAGGGCAAGGACGUGCGCCCCCCAAGCGCGCAGCCCCAACAGCAGCAAGGCAAGAAGCCGCUGCCAGGACCCAACGAGCAGUACCCGGGGCCGCAGCAGCAGCGCCAGAAGCCCAACACCGCCGGCACCGGCGUGGCUGAGCGGGCCGGUGCUGACACGGAGCGGGGCGCUGGCAGGGGCCGCGGUGGCGGCAAGCGCCGCGGCGACAUGGAUGGUGGCGCUGCUGCUGCCGUUUCUGCAGAGCGCGACGGAGUGCAACCCAGUGGUGACGCCGCCGGUGGCAACCGCCGCCAGCGGCCUCCGCGCUACGGCCGGUCGGAGCAGCACGACCCAGAGCAGAGCCAGGCACCGGCGGCUCCUGCGGUGCAGCAGCACGAGCAGCAACAGGUGGCACCGCCGCCUGGAGCGGUCUCUGAGCAGGCGCCACCGCAGGCGCAGCAGCAAUACGCGCCCCCGCCCCUGCAGUUUGGCCAGCCGAUGCCGGAGUUCACGCUGCCUCAGCAGCAGGAGCCGACGCAGCAGCAGCAGGCCCAGCUGGUUUUCCAGCACUUCCAGCAGGCGCAGCAGCAGGGCGGUUAUCUCACCGGUGGCUUCAACCACAACCUGCUGGGUGGCGCGCUGGGGCCCGCACCGCCGUUGUUCGGCAACGGCGGCAUGAACGGCCACGGCUACCAGAUGCAGAUGAACGGCCAGAUGCUGCCGCCACCCGCCUUCGCGGGUGCCCCGGCGCCGCCCGCGCCCCAGCAGCACCAGCAGCAGUACGCGCCUCCGGCGCCGCAACAGCAGGGCCUGGGGCUGGGUGGGUUCGAGCUGCAGCACCAGCAACACCUGCAACAGCAGGCGGCGUACGAGCAGUACCAGCAGCACCAGGCGCUUCAGCUGCACCUGCAACAGCAGGCCCAGCAGCACCAGGCUCAACAGCAGUACCAGCAGCAACAGCAGCAGCAGGCGCUGCAGGCCCAGCAACAGCAGUAUGUGCAGCAGCAGGCUGCCGCCCCUCCGGCGCCGCCGCAGGCGCCCGCCGCGCCCGUUCCUGCUGUGCCUGUCGCGGUGGUGGCUGCCGUCGUGGAGCCGGACUCGCCCCCUGCUGCGGCCGCUGAGCCGGAGCCUGCGCUGUCCGAGCAGCCGGCUGCGGAGCCGGUGAAGAACGAGUGGGCGGAGCGGCUGGCGCAGCAGGCGCUGGCGCGCAUGAACGCCGUCAAGUCCAGCCUGAUUGGAGGAGGUUCGAGCCGUACCGCGGACAACCUGCCGCCGCCCAGCCGCCCGCCGGUGUACUCGAACGGCUCGGGCUCUGGCAACUACGCCAGCUCCCCGCGCGGCCCGCCGCCCCCCAGCGGCGGCGGCGCGGCCCCCGAGUCCGAGUGGCGCGGCAGCAGCGGCCACGGUGACGCCGAGUGGCGCAACGGCCCUAACGCGCCGGUCGACGCCAACGGCAACAGUGGCGUGCACGCCUACCGUGCAAACGGCCUGGCGCCCACAGGUGCGGCGGACGCCGCUGACGCCUGGCGCAACCGCAACGCCGGCAGCGGCACUGACGAGCCCGCGCCUGCGGCGCCCGCCGCAGCCGCGGCGGGCGUGUACGUGCCGCCCCGCCGCGACCGGGAGGAGUCGCCGCCGCCGCCUGGCGCGGCGGCUGGCGCCCGCCCGCGCCUGAACCUGCAGCCGCGCACCAAGCCGCUGCCGGUGCCCGCCGCGGGUCCGGGGCCUGCUGCGCCGGCCGCCGCCGCCGCCGCCGUGCCUGUCCCGGUCGCCGGUGACGGCGCGCAGCGCGCACACAACCCGUUCGGCGCGGCCCGGCCGCGUGAGGAGGUCCUGCGUGAGCGCGGCGCCCCGGACCCGUCCGAGCGUGACACGCGCCUCACCAACGGCGCUCUGUACGCGGCCUCUGCCGGCAGCGGUGGCGCGCUGCGCGCCGCCGCCGGCGCCGGCAGCGCCCGCGGCGGCAGUGUCGCGAGCGGCGGCAGCGACGAGGACCAGUGGCACACGGUGGGCAAGGGCGGCCGCAGCAGCAAGCCGCCGGCGAGUGGUGCGGACGUGGGCAACGCCCUGCUGGACCCCGCCUCAGACCCCUUCUUCAGCGGCCGCCACGGCGGCAGCGGCGUGGCCAUCGUGGGCCGCUCCGGCCGUGCGUUUGGCGGCGGCGGCGGCUUCGGCAGCUACGGCAGCGGCAGCAAGGGCAGCGACGGCCACUUCGUUAACCAGUACGGUGCCUCGCGCGGCUACGGCGGCGGCGAGGACGACGAGCCCAUCUUCAAGCGCAGUCUGCCCACCCGCAACACCGACCUGUUUUAGGUCCUCGCUGUCGGCAAAGCCGGGGAAAUGGCGAUGGGUAGGAGGGAUGCUUGAGUGUGGUGGAGGUACGGUCGCGAUGAGCUGGGGGGCGGCGGCGGUUGGGCAUUACAUGUGAGAAAGACGACUGUGAUCUGGCUGUGGGUCGGGAGGCGAUGCUGUGGUGAGGAGGUGCUGUGAUCUACAAUUUUGCAACCUACUAGUGAUGCGGCUAUGCACAGUUUUGCCGGGACCGGGAAGAGGAGGGGGCGAGCAACGGAACGAGUCGCCGGGGCCAUCAUAGAAUACAACAGGGAGCCAGUUAGAAGCGAGCUCGAGGAGAGAGGCGAGCAAGCCAUGUAAUUU